CCUUCCAGUCCCGGCGAGUAACGCAGUAAGGAAGUAAUGUGCAUUGCACUCGUUACUCUUUUCAGACAAAAAGACUGUUUGGUACCAAUCUAUCUCAGGGGGGCAAUGAGAGCUAGAGGAUCGGGAAAGAACCGAUUCUUGUGAAAAUCUUCAAAUCCAAGAUUACCCGGUCCUUCCCAAACAUCCCAGCAUCGCUUUGGAAGCAUCUCAGCUCCAGCAAGUGCAAGUGUGUCCAUCUAAUUUGCGGAAGUAAACAUUGUAGAGAAUCAUCAUGAACAUGUCGAAUUUGAACCUGGAUGAGAUCCAAAUGUUGGCCAUGGCUGCGGCUAAUGCUGCGGCUGCGGCUCAACAGCAGCAGUCGGCUGUGGCGGCCCAUGCGGCUAUGGCCGCGGCGGCGUCGACGUCUCGUCCUCGGGCUUCUCCGUCGGUCACCCCGCAGCCCAUGGGCACGCCCAAAGCUUCCAAUAGCUCUCGAUCCACACCCACCCCUACACCCAUCCCGACGCAAAACGGCAUUGGGUCUCUCCCGGCAUCGAUCACGAAUCCGAAUUCCUUGGACCCGCAAUCACAGUCGAAAUACCAACAGCUCCUGUCAGUCAUUGAGGAGAUGAGCAAGGAUAUCCGGCCAACGUACGCGGGCUCCAAAUCCAGUGCAGAGCGGCUGAAACGCGGCAUCGUUUACGCCCGUAUUCUCGUACGAGAAUGUCUGGUGGAAACGGAGCGCAGCGCCCGCUCGUAGUGAUAGUGAACCUCCUCGUUGAUCGGAUGGAGGCGUUGGCCCACGAUGACGAUAAGGACCCCCAUUAAUCUCCGCAUUUCCGACCGUUUGAUGUCAAUCGAAUCACUCACAAAACGGCCUUUCAGACAAAGACAUUCAAUCGUUAUGUACUUCUACUGUCCAUUAGGCCAUUCUAUAGUUCUUUGAGAGCUCUAAAGUGGUUUCCCGUGCCAUCCGGUAUUUUCCCUGUGUGCCGUCUUGUUUCAAUUUCAAUGUGAACUUAGAUUCUUAGAGCAUCAAUAAAUGUGCAUUACCCUA